AUGGCAGUGCCGUCUACACACGAUGCAGUCCGCAGAACGUGCAUGAACGCUGCGUGGGUCAAGGCCCAAGCAGCAACAAGUAAAGUCGACCCGAGCGCUCGAGACCCAGCGACCAAUCGCAAAGUGCAUCCGUGGCUCCGCCCGUCCUUGCGUUCUGCCCGGUUCAAGGUGCAGGACCUGCGAAUGACGCCAAAUGUUUACACUGCCACUUGCGGCUUCCAAGAAACUGUGUACGGCAUGGGGGCCACCGUGGACGCCUCUACUGGAAGCAUUGUCAACCAGGGCACCGUCCAAGGCACAUUUGUAGCCGAGUGGGGCGGGUGGCCCACGCACGAAGUGACGUCGUAUGUGAACGCGAUUCUGCUGCAAGAAGUGCUCGGGUACGACGUGUCGUUCGUGUACAGUUCGGGGACGUACUCGACUGAGCGCAUGUCGACGAUGGGGCGAGGGGUGUGCACGCCGACGCAUUUGAACCCCGAAGUAUGGACCACGUCGCAGAUGACCACGCUAAAGCAACACGCGAACGAGUCAACUAUGUCCAACAUUGGGUACUGGGGAAGGAGCGGGCAUUACACCCUUCGAGCGAACGUCCAAGAUGCCCUUCUUGGCCCACUCAGUGUAUCGGGCAACUUGACUCGCCCCAUCUCGGCCGACUUUUGGCGAGAGUUUACACUGACCAACGAAUUGAUCGAGUUCUUCUCCGUGCACCAGCACAAUCGGUCGCGCAUUUGCCAAGUCAAAAUACUGCGCCGACGGCGUGGGGGGUUGCUUGGACGGAUGCUCGAAAUCGCACGCGUGUACGCUGAACGAAGCCCAAGGCAAGCCGUGUAUGUUAGUGCUCAAUAUGCGGUGGGCGUACGACCCUGGUUACCUCCAAGCGAUCAUGUCCAACAACAACGUGCCAGCGUACUUUUGCUUUGCGGGGGACUCGGGCCUCCAAGCGUACGUGGUCGAAACCAUGCAAAAUCAAGGCGCCAUCACGUUCUACCACUACGAACCCGAUAUGUUUCACAUUGA